GCUCAAUGUACUGCUUGAUCAAAGUUCAAAAUUCCACGGCAAGUUGGGGGCAACUUUUGGCAGUGUGGAAGAAUAUUGACACGCGUCGGGUCUGAUGCGAAGACGAAACUCCCUACACUUCAUGUUGAAAGAACAAGUGCAAGAGAGAAUCUGAAAGAAGAUGAAUGACAGGCAUCGGAAAAUUUUGCACCAGUGUUGGUCGGAGUUCAGAAAAGACCUGGAACCAAAGAAUCUAUUACCUGAAUUAACUUCUGUAGUGAACGUCACAGACGCACGAGAGGUGCUUGAAAAGAGCACAAGAAAUGAGAGGGUAGACAAGCUGGUAACAGAAAUACUUCCACGUAGAGGAAAUAAUGCUUUUAAUGUUUUUGUGGAAGGACUGAAGAAGACACAGCCACACCUAGCUGUUACUUUGAAAAAUGCAGAAAUAAAAAUGAUGGAGGAAGAGCUUAAGAAUGAAAGAGCAAGUAGUGCGAUGAGAAGUAACCAAGUUGAUGAAGCAACAGAAGCUUUGGAAAAAGAGAGAAAAGAGCACGAGGAAACACAAAGGAGACUCGAAGAAAUAACUCGUCAAAACGAAGCUCUGAUCGAGAAUUACAGAAAAGAAAGAGACGUUAUAGAGAAAGAGCUGAUCAACGAAAAAGAAGGAUGCGUGAAGUUAAAGAAACAAGUUCUUGAAAUGAAAGAAGCUUUUGAGAAAAAGCAGCAAGAGAAUAAAGAAAAGCAGAAAGUAAUCGAAGAACUUGGGAGACAACAAGAGAAACUAGAUGCUGAAAGCAAAGCAGAAAUUAAGAAGCUGUCAGAGAAGAAUAACUCGUAUCAGGAAAAAAUUAAAGGCUUGAACUCUACGCUCAAAAAUCUUAAAAAGGAAUCAGAUAAGAUGGAGAAAGAAAAAAAGGAACAGAAGUCAAAGCUUAAUGCGAAAGAGCAAGAAUUAGCCAAGCUGAAAGACCUGUUAAAGAAAGAAGAAUCGGAAAAUAAAAAAGUUUCUGAAGAAGUUGAAAAACUCAAAGAAGAUAAUGACCAGUUGAGGAAAGAUUUGGAUGCCGAAAAGAAGAAGCUGGAAGAAACAGAGGAGGAAUUGCGGGCAGAGACUAAAGCUAAGGGAGAUGCCUUGAAUGAACUGGAGAAAUUGAGAGAAGGGUGCGGACGUGUUUUUAACUAUAAAAAAGAUUUUGACCGAUGUGGAGUUAUUUAUGCGAUGGGAAUGAAUUUCGGAGCUAAUCGGCGUUGGGUAAAUCCCAGCAAGAGUGGUGUAUCCACAAGAGUAAGUGCCUCAAGAUCAUCUGACGAAGUAGGCUCAGCAACUGAUCUGCUUGAACGUUGUCAUAAACAGGGGAAGAUAAGCGGUACCAAAAACGUGAAGGAAUCAUGGUGGUGUGUUGCCUUGAGCGAGAAAUACUCAUUGUAUCUCACACAUUAUACUCUAAGACACGGUCUGGACAACGGUGGUUCAUUCCUCCGUAAUUGGCAGCUCGAAGGGUCGUUUGACGGGUCUACCUGGGAAGUGUUAAAAAAACACCAUAAUGAUAGCAAGCUAUGUGAACCCUCUUCGUAUACCGCUACCUGGCCGAUUGAAGGAGAAGUUGGAGCUUAUAGGUUUUUUCGAGUUGUUCAGAAAGGAAAGAAUUCCUCGAACGAAUAUGACAACAUGAAUGAAAGGCAUCGAGACAUCUUGCGUCGCCACUGGUCGGCGCUCAGGAGAGACUUGGAACCAGUUAAGCUUCUACCUUAUCUGGUAAACGUAUUGGACGUCACAGACGAACAGGAAGUGAAGGUGAAGGCCACACGAGAGGACAGAACAGACAAACUGUUAGAGAUCCUACCCAGGAGAGGACCAGCUGCUUUUGAUGAGUUUGUGACAGCAUUACAAGAAAUCCAGCCAUUUUUAGCUACUCCUUUGGUCAAAGAAGCUGAAAUGGAGGAAAUAAAGACAGAGCUUAACCGCGCAAGAACGCACAGUGCAAGGUUACGUGAAGAAGUUCGUCUGAUGAGGACAGGUUUAGAAAACGAGCAACAAAAGCAUAGGAAAACGCAGAAAGAACUCAAGGAGCUAAAGAGCAUACACGAAACGCUCAUGGUGAGAAGUAACGACGACCAGAGGAUUUUGCAAGCACAAGUUAAAGAAUUUGAGAAUAAAAUCAAAACCAUGGAGGAAGAAUUGUCCGCUAAAGAGGUUUUCGUUGAGGAAACAGAUCGUUUAAGAAAAAUGUGUGAUAAGCUAGACGAUGAUUUGAGAAACCUUAGGGAAAACUUUGAAAAGACCUCCGAGGAAAAUAAAGAACUUGCAAAAAAACUGUCAGGCUACCAAAAUAAUACUUUAAAUCAAAGCAACUCUCCUGAUAUGACCAGUCUUAUGUCGAUGCAAGUGGGGCUCAAAAUCUACAACGGGCACGAGCCAAACUUUCAUCUUAUUGGAAAUACAGACGAGGAGAUGAAGCUCGCAUUUCGCAAAAACAGAGCCAUCUCAACAGAACUGCUAGAUGAGGCAAGGAAAGACUUGGCUAAUGUAACAAAAGAACACGAAGAUUUGAAACAAAAAUAUGAAGAGCUUGAGAGACAACUCGAGGACACCCUCGAAAGUUUGGAAAGGAAAAGAAGCGCCAGUUUUCACGACCGAGCGACGUCUCCCAGAGAAAUGAAGCAGGAUGACUCUGAAGAGGAUAAUCAAUGUUCGCGUUGUGAUGCAUUAGAAGAAGAAUGUACCUUAUUACGAACUGAGAGAGACUUCAUCAAAGGAAAGAAAGUUAAGUUUGAAGAAGAAAUUAAGACAUUAAACAAAGAUAUUGAAGAUCUUCGCUCUGAGCACACAAAGGAGAAAAAGACUCUACAAAGGGAAAUACAAGUUAUGAGAGAAGAACAUGAAAACUUGACGAGGGACUUUGAGAAAGAGUUACAAAAGAUGUUGUGUGAAGUGAACGAACAACAAAUUGCUGAGAUGAAAAUGUUGCAAGGGAAAAAUGAAGAACUAACUGAGCUUUUGAAAAAACAAAAGUCAGAGGUUCAAAAGAUCUCCACCCAACUGAAAAAAGAAAAAUCAAAUUUUGAUAAAAUCGAAGAUGAGUUUGUCAAGGUGAAGAAAAACUUAGCUCGCGAGAAAAAGAAGCUUAAAGAGGCCAAGGAAGGCAUGGCGGCAGAGGCUAAAGGAAAGACAGAUGCCCUGAGAGAACUGGCGAAAUUGAAGGUUGAACUUGGUGAGAAAGAAAAACAAAAGGAAGAAGACUUUGCACGACUUCGUAAGGACUUCUUGGAUCGUUGUCAUUGUGAAGCGUUGAGGGAAGAAAUCGCAAGACUAAGGAGCAUGCCAGGACGUGUUUUGAACUACAGGAAGGAUUUUGAUAGACAUGGAGUCAUCUAUGCAUUAGGAACAAAUUUUGGUACCUCAUCAUGGGUGAAUCCUAGUAGCUCAAACGCUUUUCCGACGAGAAUAAUCGCCACACGAUCUUCUGACGAACAAGGCUCGGCAAGUGAUCUGCUAGAUAUUCGGAGAGGCGGAUCAUUAAGCGGCACCAAAGACGAGGAAAAAUCGUGGUGGUGUGUUGACUUGAGCGAGAAAUAUGCUCUUUAUCUCACACAUUACACUCUCAGACAUGGGCGAGACAACGGUAUGUCAAUCAUUCGUAAUUGGCGGCUUGAAGGAUCGUUGGACGGACGUACUUGGAAACUGUUAAAGAAACACGAGAAUGAUCGCGGGCUUAAGGAGCCUUACCCAUAUUACACCGCAACCUGGUGUGUCGAUGGGGAGUUCGGAGCUUUUCGGUAUUUCAGGAUUUUUCAGACGAGCAAGAACUCUUCAGGGAGACAUAGCAUUUAUUUAUCUGGUAUUGAGCUGUAUGGAGUCCUUAUUGAACGACUCGACAGUUAAUGAAUUUAUAAAUAGAACGAAAAAAUUGAUAAAUUAACUAAGGGCACUAAAGGAUUUUUCAAUUUCCUUUCGCUUCUUAGUGUAUUUUAUGUAGAGUCACACAUAGAAAAGUCAUUAAACAAGGUAGACUAACUAAGAAAAAAAAAAUAUUUUUAACUAACAUUAAAUCACCUUGAACGCAA